UCAGUGGCAUGAAUCACUGCUGGUGUGUGUGUGCGCGUGUGUGGCUGAUCCAGGAGCGUGCCCCGCGGUGAUGGUUUAAGAGGGGGGCUUUCAUCGCUGCAACAGGAGUCUCCACGGGGAUUGAGCCGCUGAGACAAAGGUGAUCUUUAUUUUCACCUGAGGAGCUCUUAGCUGCAGCCAUGCCACGUCUGGAUGGAGCUAUUACCAACAUCGUGGAUGUUUUUAUGGAUUACGCUGACGAUGGCGGCAAAAAACGACAGUUAAACAAAGAGGAGCUGAAAAAACUGUUUGAGCAAGAGAUUGAAUGCCCUGAGCUAAAGGACAAAAUAAGUGCAGAAGACAUUGAGGAAGCCAUGAAGAUGCUGGACAAAAACCAUGAUGGUGAGGUGAACUUUCGCGAGUUUUGUCGUUGUGUGUGUGUCCUCGCCACAGGCUACUACCACAAGAAAAUAGGCAAGGGCGGCAAAAAGGGCAAGAGCAAACAAGAAGGAGAUGAACAAGACGGCUGAGCAAGCGCCUGUAAAUAAACACACAAAGAUGUAUUGUUGCUACACAGGAAUGUACCUUUGGUUUUAUGGAAGAUUAAAUUAAAUCUAUGACGGAUCAAUG